AAAAUAUAUGAUUAUAUUAAUUUGUUAAGUUAUUUUUACAUUUGGGUGGUUAUAUAUAGAAGUACAGCUCUUGACGAUCAGAUUUCUGCAGCCUUUGGAUUUCUGUGUCUCUCUACACACACACACACACACACACACACACACAGAAGGUAAAAAAAUGUCAGAUAGAAGAGAAACGGAGGAAAUAACCGCGCCUUUAUUAGAUUACUCAUCAAUCCAGACAAAGGAAGGUAUUGAAGAUGAUGAAGAUCAAACUCUUUGUCUAAAGGUUUGGAUUGAAUCAAAGAAACUUUGGAAAGUCGUCGGCCCGGCAAUCUUCAGCCGGAUCGCAUCCUACUCCAUGUUCGUCAUCACGCAAGCCUUCGCCGGCCACCUCGGUGAACUUGAGCUCGCCGCCAUGGCCAUUGCUAGUAAUGUCGUUCUUGGCUUCGACUUCGGUCUCUUGUUGGGAAUGGCAAGUGCUUUGGAAACACUAUGUGGCCAGGCAUAUGGGGCAAAGAAGUACUACAUGUUGGGAGUGUAUUUACAACGUUCUUGGAUUGUUCUUUUCUUGUGUUGCGUUGUGACUUUUCCGAUAUUCAUCUUUGCAACCCCAAUUCUGAAAUUACUAGGACAGCCUGCGGACGUGGCGGAGCUUUGUGGGUUGGUGGUUUUGUGUUUUAUUCCUUUACACUUCAGCUUUGCACUUCAGUUCCCUCUACAAAGAUUCUUGCAGAGUCAGAUAAAGAACCAAGUUAUUGCUUGGGUGAAUUUGAUUGCUUUUGUGGUGCAUGUUUUGUUAAACUGGUUGAUUGUGUACAACUUCAAAUUGGGAAUUGUUGGCACUGCUCUCAUCUUGAAUUUCUCUUGGUGGGUUAUUGUUUUGGGUCUGUUUCUUUAUACCGUUUGUGGUGGCUGUCCUCUUACAUGGACCGGUUUCUCCGGCGAAGCAUUUUCCGGCCUCUGGGAGUUCCUUAAACUGUCGGCUUCUUCUGGUGUCAUGCUUUGUCUGGAGAACUGGUACUACAGGAUACUCAUAGUGAUGACCGGAAAUCUGGAGAAUGCUAAAAUUGCUGUAGAUGCUCUAUCUGUAUGUAUGAACAUUAAUGGAUGGGAAAUGAUGAUCCCACUUGGCUUCUUCGCUGGAACUGGAGUAAGGGUGGCAAAUGAACUGGGAGCAGGAAAUGGUAAAGGAGCCAAAUUUGCUGCUAUAGUGUCCGUGACACAGUCCAUAAUAAUUGGUCUAUUCUUCUGGAUCCUCAUAAUGUUUUUCCACAAUGAACUUGCCCUCAUAUUCACAUCCAGUGAUACUGUUCUUAAAGCUGUAAGCAAACUCUCUAUCCUCUUAGCCUUCACCGUUCUCCUCAACAGUGUUCAGCCUAUUCUUUCAGGGGUUGCUGUUGGAUCUGGAUGGCAGUCAUAUGUUGCAUAUAUAAACUUAGGUUGCUACUAUUUACUCGGACUCCCACUUGGAUGUUUAAUGGGAUGGGUUUUUCAUCAAGGAGUUAUGGGUAUCUGGGCCGGGAUGAUUUUUGGUGGAACUGCAAUUCAAACUUUGAUAUUGGCCAUCAUUACAAUUCGUUGCGAUUGGGAAAAAGAGGCUAAGAAGGCAAGUAUGCAUGUGAAGAAGUGGGGAGAUGUUAAACAUAACAUGUGAUCUAAGCAUGUGUGAAGGGACCAAAUAAAGAAAUCAGAUAUCCAAAUAUUUUUUCUUCUGCAUAUUUUUCGCUGAAGAAGUUGUAACGUAGCUUUCAUGUUUAAAAUUGAAGGAAUUCAACUCAGAAUCUCUCUUAUUAGGUGGGAAUUAUACGUGCCAUUGCAUUAUUAUACAGUGCUUCACGAAACAGAGAAAUCCUUUCGCCCAGGAAUAGAAAGAGUACGAGUCUAAACAUAUGAAAGAAUUUUACC